GAAGAGGCCGGCGGCGAAAUGGAAGACCGGUUUGGUAGCUGCUUGCGACCGCACAUCAAGUUAGUCCAUAUACCUGCAGACGAUGGGGAUGUGAUGUGUGUUUGGUGUCCCGGCCGGCCUUACUGGUGGUGGUGGUGGUACUCCUCAGCGCAUCAGACCUGGAUCCAUUAGACAUCCUUUACACGCCCUCCGGGAGAAGGCCGGCGACAGAGGACUGGCUAGUAGAGCAAUAGAGCAGCAGAAGGAGAGAAAUAGAAGGAAUUGGAGCUGUUUGGUUAUCGAGCUGUGCUGCCAGCUUGCAUGACGCUGUGUGUGUGCUGCGUGAGAGAGACGGUCAACUGCGGCCCAUGGUGGUCGGUCGGGUCAGAAUCUCAUGGCUCAUGGCAUCGCAGGGCCUCUGCUGGGCUGGGAAUCCGUCUAUUCGUCUGUUGUCACGGCCUCAGCGGUAUCAGUGACCAGUUGAUCCGUAGUCAGUAGUGUUAACUAGUUAGUUGAGAGUUCGCGAACUUGACGUCAACCAGCAAAGAAAAAAAAAAGAUGAAGAUAUAUAAAGAGCCGAAAGAUCCGCCACCAAGCAACGGCGGCCACGCAAAAAAAGGGCGUUGGAUCUGCCUGCGAUGGACGGAACAAGCGAGGCCGCAGAUGGCAUGCUUGGAUGUGAUGGAUUCCAGCACUUUUUAUGCAUGAGACAGCUCAGUAAUGGCUGCUGUAGGCACGGCCACGGCGACGACUUGCUGGGCGCGGAUGGAUGCAAAAUCCGGCCUGUGGAAGAGCGCCUGCAUGGCAGCCGGAAGGGCUGACAAUGGCCUUCAAAUGCUUUUAAUGCUUUCAUGCGUGUUGAUGACGGCCUCUCGUUGAUAUAAAUGUUGAUAUUAGCUGUGACUGCGGUCGCUAAGUUAACUAUUUAUCUAUCAGCAACACCUACAUCAACAUCUACAUCAAUCUACAUCUACGCAGCAGUGACCCAGGGACAGGCAGACGGACGGCGGACAGGCAUCACCCGCAUCGCUGGCACUGUCAUCACCGUCUUCACCAUCCUCGUCGUCGCCUCGCUGGCAGCUCUUGGUAUCGAGGUCGAGACGCUGACUUGGCGCCGUUGCCAGGCCAGCGAGCCAGCGACGGGCAGACAUGGAUCGAGACCGCAGGACGAGGACGGUGAUGUCAAGUCACUCUGCGUCUUCUCUGCCCUCCUGCAGCUCUUGUCUUCUCUUCCUUCUCCCACCGUCCCCAUCGCAUGGCCAGCCUCUCGACGACGGCCUGACCUCUCGAUCUCGACCGCAACCCCAGACACCCCUUGUGCAAUCCAGGUAAACACAACAACAACAACGCCUGCAGCAGCAGCAGCACACAACACCACAAGAUAACAAGAGCCAGCAGAAGAGCCUCAUGAAUUAGGCCGGGAUAUAAACAAGCCAUGAUGCUGAUGCAGGCAAACCUCCUGCUGCUCGCUGUCCUCCCGGCCCUCGCAGCAGAGUCGGCGCCCUUCCAUGCCCCCGCAGCCCGCAGCAAUCUCGACAGCUCGUUCUCUCUCUUCGGCUUUGGCUUCACUCCCAGGCUCGCCCGGCUCGUCAGACGGGAAGAUCUCUGCCCGUCGCACUUCAGUUCCUGCGCCUUCUUGGGCAGCCCGCAGGCCUGCUGCCAGCCUGAGUCGAUCUGCUCCCGCGAUGCCGCAAACAACAUCGCCUGCUGCCCCCUCGGCGCAGAAUGCACCGGCAGCCUGAUGGGCACCACCUCGACUGCAGCAACCUCGCAGAUGCCCGGCCCGGCCCCAGCACCAACACCUACAUCGACCUCAUCGGGCUUUAUGUUCCCGCAACCGGGCACCACGGCUGCCCCGACGCACACGGGCUCGACGGUGCCGGGAGCUCCCUUCCCGUUCGUCUAUAUCCCCACGACAUUCCAUGACUCGGCAGAGUGCGUUCGCUCUUACUCUGGCUGUCAGUCGCAAUUCUCGGCCUGCACAGCUUCUCUCGGCGGUGCGUACGGAGUUACUAUCAACGGAGGGAACGGCGCCGGAGUCACUGUGCAGGGUGCUGCUCCCACCGGCAACGGACAGGCCAUUUGCUCCAGCCUCCUGCUGCGGGCCUGCUUCGGCCUCCAGGAGGGCUACUGUACCGCCUUUGCAAACGGCGGAGGCACUCCCAACGGCUCGCCACAGCCACCUCACAGACAGUCGGCCCUAUACGAGAUUCUUAUGGGAUUGUCAAUCGCGAUCGCCGGGAUGAUUGCUUGAUUUCUCUCUCUCUCUCUCUCUUUCUCUUCGGUAUUAUUUUCUGCCCGUCAGCGUGACCAUUUAUCUACUGCAACCUAACGCUUGUGCUCCUUGUUUUACGAGUCCUCCCCCCUUGAUGUACCCUGGGCGCAAAACUGGAUGGAAACGAAUGUUUGUAUGUUUUUUAUUUCUUGGACGGCUUUUUUCCGCUUCUUUUUGCUCGUGCAGCAGCAGUACAUAUUAUAUACUUAUAGCCCCUUUUUCCCAUAGCCAAAAUGACGAGCUAAUCUUUGGAUAUCCCUAUUUUGCCCCAUGUUUCCUAAUCAUAUAUACUUAUGUACCUUCUCUACUCCGUAUGCAACGGCUAUGCCCUUGGCUGGCUCGAUGCUGGAG